AUUGACGUGGUCAGCUUGUUUCACAAUGUGCUUGAGUCAUUUCCCCAGGAGCCCUGAGUUUAGUUACUCAGAGGGAAGGCAUGCAUUGACAACAAGUUCUCAGCCCCUUUCUUUCACCCAGCUGUCAGGUUCUAUGGAAUCGAAAAUAGAACUGCCCUAAUGUGAUGCAGGCCACACACUGUUUACCGGUCACUUCGGAGGUGGCCAGUCUUGUGCACAGCAGUGUCUGGACGGCAGCGUGGAUGAGGCAGGAUGUGGGGUGUCUUCCAAUGGGGUCCCUGAAAGGGGAAGACUUUGGAAGUCAGCUGCUCACAAGAAAGUAAGAAAGAGGAGGAGGAGGAGUUACCUGACUUGGGCAGCUCUGCAGCCCGUGCUCGGCAGCAAAGAGGAGACCUUUACAGCCUUAAGAAGGUGGAGAAGGAGCCAAAAGAUGAAGAAACUAAGCCUGGAGAUCCGAGCUACGUGCAGCCCGGCAUGUGAGGGGCCGAGUCCCUUGCUGGGCAUCUGCAGAUCGGCUUUGUGAGCUGCAGAGAUUUGUAACUUAAUGCAGGGUCCUUCACGGUGGCAGCGCGGCUGGGAGGCUGGCUAUGAUGAACUGUUGGCUGCCUUGUGCGUCUAACCAUUCACAAUCAGCGGACUGGAAUAAGUACGAUGACCGGUUGAUGAAGGCUGCUGAAAGGGGGGAUGUGGAGAAAGUAUCCUCCAUCCUUGCCAAAAAGGGCGUCCAUCCCGGCAAGCUAGAUGUGGAAGGCAGAUCGGCCUUCCACGUCGUGGCAUCCAAAGGGAAUCUGGAAUGCCUGAAUGCCAUUCUUACGCAUGGCAUUGAUGUUGCAACCAGGGACAGUGCAGGGAGGAAUGCGCUUCACCUGGCAGCUAAGUAUGGACACGCGUUAUGCCUGCAGAAACUUCUACAGUACAACUGUCCCACUGAGCAUGUGGACCUUCAGGGAAGAACUGCCCUUCAUGACGCAGCCAUGGCAGACUGUCCUUCCAGCAUCCAGCUGCUCUGUGACCACGGGGCCUCCGUGAAUGCCAAAGAUAUAGACGGGCGGACACCACUUGUUCUGGCAACUCAGAUGUGCAGGCCGACCAUUUGUCAGUUGCUGAUAGACAGAGGGGCGGAUGUCAAUUCCAGAGACAAACAAAACAGAACAGCUCUGAUGCUGGGCUGCGAGUACGGUUGCAGAGACGCUGUAGAAGUCCUCAUGAAAAAUGGUGCCGACCUGACCUUGCUGGAUGCCCUUGGCCACGACAGUUCUUACUACGCAAGAAUUGGUGACAAUCUGGACAUCCUGAACCUACUGAAGACAGCAUCAGAAAACACCAUCAAAGGCGGCGGGAGAGAACUCUGGAGGAAAGGGCCGCCUUUGCAACAGCGGAAUUUGUCACACACUCAAGAUGAAGGAAGUGUGAAGUCAGCUCAGAGGGAGCAGAGAGAGCGCCAGAGCUUUCAGGAUCUAGAGAUUGAAAAUGAAGAUUUGAGAGAGAAGUUGAGGAAGAUUCAGCAAGAGCAAAGAAUCCUCCUGGAUAAAGUCAAUGGCUUACAGUUACAGCUGAAUGAGGAAGUAAUGGUCGCAGAUGAUCUGGAAAGCGAGAGAGAAAAGCUGAAGUCCCUUUUGGCAGCUAAAGAGAAGCAACAUGAAGAAAGCUUAAGAACCAUCGAGGCCCUGAAAAACAGAUUCAAAUAUUUUGAGAGUGAUCACCCAGGACCCGGAAGUUACUCGAGUAACCGAAAAGAAGAUAUGCUUCAUAAACAAGGUCAAAUGUACACGGCAGAUUCACAGUGUGCAUCACCGGGUGUACCUCCCCAUAUGCAGAGCAGGUCUAUGUUAAGGCCUCUAGAGUUGUCUUUACCCAGUCAGACCUCAUACUCUGAAAAUGAGAUUUUAAAGAAAGAGUUGGAAACCAUGCGAACUUACUAUGACUCGGCAAAACAGGACCGACUGAAGUUCCAAAACGAAUUGGCUCACAAGGUGGCAGAGUGCAAAGCCUUAGCUCUGGAGUGCGAGAGAGUCAAGGAAGACUCUGACGAACAGAUCAAGCAGCUGGAAGAUGCCCUCAAAGACGUGCAGAAGAGGAUGUACGAGUCCGAAGGGAAAGUCAAGCAAAUGCAGACCCACUUCCUCGCCCUCAAGGAGCACCUGACCAAUGAAGCAGCCACAGGGAGCCACCGAAUCAUCGAGGAACUGAGGGAACAGCUGAAAGACCUGAAAGGCAAAUAUGAAGGCGCUUCAGCAGAGGUGGGCAAGCUGCGGAGCCAGGUCAAACAGAGCGAGAUGCUGGUAGGAGAGUUCAAGAGAGAUGAGGGCAGGCUGGUGGAAGAGAAUAAGCGAUUGCAGAAGGAAUAUGGCACGUGUGAAGUCGAGCUGGAGAGGAGGGGGCGACGGGUCGCGGAGCUGGAGGGCCAGCUGAAGGAGCUGGGGGCUAAGCUGGCCCUUUCCGUCCCCACAGAGAAAUUUGAAAGCAUGAAGAGCUCGUUAUCCAAUGACAUCAAUGAGAAAGCAAAAAGGCUGUCGGAGAUGGGGCGGGACUAUGAAAGCUCUCAGGGGGAAAUUCGACAGCUGAAGAGGGAGCUGGAGAGUGUCAGGGCCCAGCACAUCAGACCUGAGGAGCAUGAGCUGCUCAGAAGCAGGUUGGAGCAGAAGUCGGGAGAGCUGGGAAAGAAGGUGUCAGAGCUGACCCUCAAAAACCAGACGCUGCAGAAAGACGUGGAAAAACUCCACGCAGACAACAAGCUUCUCAAUCAGCAGGUGCACAGCCUCACGGCGGAGAUGAAAACAUGCUACGUGCCUCUAAGGAUCAGCGAGGAGAUGAAGAAGUUGCAUGACGUGAACGUGGAGGAUUUGAAUAAGAAGCUUUCAGAGGCAACACAGAGAUACAUGGAGAAGAAGCAGGAAGCAGAGAGACUGCUGGCGGAGAAUGAUAAGUUGACUAAGAAUGUCAGCCGCCUGGAAGCUGUGUUUGUAGCUCCCGAGAAACAUGAAAAGGAGCUAAUGGGUCUGAAAUCCAAUAUCGAAGAACUGAAAAAGCAACUGUCUGAGCUUAAUAAAAAAUGUGGUGAGGGUCAGGAGAAAAUACGUGCACUUAUGUCUGAAAACAGCAGCUUGAAAAAGACUCUGAGUAGCCAGUAUGUGCCUGCCAAGACCCACGAGGAGGUGAAGGCCACCCUCAACAGCACAUUGGAGAAAACCAACAGAGCCUUACUGGAGGCGAAGAAAAGGUUUGACGACACGAGCCAGGAGGUCUCAAAACUAAGAGACGAGAAUGAAGUAUUGAGGAGGAACCUGGAGAAUGUUCAGAAUCAGAUGAAGGCUGACUAUGUGAGCCUGGAGGAGCACUCGAGAAGGAUGAGCACGGUGAGCCAGAGUCUGAAGGAAGCGCAGGAGGCCAACACUGCCAUCCAGGCCGACUACCGCCAGGGCCAGGAGGAGAUCGUGACGCUGCAUGCUGAGAUCAAGGCCCAGAAAAAGGAGCUCGACACCAUCCAGGAAUGCAUCAAGCUGAAGUACGCGCCCCUCACCCGCCUGGAAGAGUGUGAACGCAAGUUCAAGGCCACAGAGAAAGGACUGAAGGAGCAGUUAUCAGAGCAGGCGCACAAGUGUCGCCAGAGGGACGAAGAGGUCAAGAAGGGCAAGCAAGAGAAUGAGAGGCUGCGGAAGGACCUGGCUGCCCUUCAGAAGGAACUGCAGGAUAGGAACGUUCUGGUGGAAGAGGCCAGGGAAGCAGAAAGAGCACUGAAUGGGAAGACAGAUGAGCUCAGCCGGCAGCUGAAGGACCUGUCCCAAAAGUACAGCGACGUGAAGAGUGAGAGAGAGAAGCUGCUAGAAGAAAAGGCCAAGCAGACCUCUGAGAUCCUUGCUGCCCAAAAUCUUCUGCAGAAACAGCCGGUCCCGCUGGAGCAGGUGGAGGCUCUAAAGAAAUCUCUCAAUGGCACAAUUGAGCAGUUAAAGGAGGAGCUGAGGAGUAAGCAGAGGUGUCUGGAGCGAGAGCAGCAGACGGUGAGCCAGCUACAGCAGCUGCUGGAGAAUCAGAAGAACUCCUCUGUGACCCUGGCGGAUCACCUGCAGCUAAAGGAAGCCCUCGAGAAAGAGGUUGGAAUCAUGAAAGCCAGCCUGAGAGAAAAGGAAGAGGAAAGCCAGAAGAAAACCAAGGAAGUCUCCAAACUCCAGACAGAGGUUCAGACCACCAAGCAGGCGCUGAAGAACUUAGAGACCAGAGAGGUCGUCGACAUGUCGAAAUACAAAGCCACCAAGAAUGACUUGGAGACCCAGAUUUCCAACUUAAAUGACAAACUGGCUAGUCUGAACAGGAAGUAUGACCAAGCGUGUGAGGAGAAGGUCUCUGCCAAGGAUGAGAAGGAGUUGCUCCAUCUCAGCAUAGAGCAGGAGAUCAGGGAUCAGAAGGAGCGGUGUGACAAGUCCCUGACGACGAUCAUGGAACUGCAGCAGAGGAUCCAGGAGUCCGCCAAGCAGAUCGAAGCGAAGGAUAAUAAGAUAACUGAACUUCUGAAUGAUGUCGAAAGACUAAAGCAGGCACUCAACGGCCUUUCUCAGCUCACCUACAGCAGUGGCAGCCCCACCAAGCGGCAGAGCCAACUGGUGGAUACCCUGCAGCGGCAAGUGAGGGAUCUGCAGCAGCAGCUGGCUGAUGCUGACAGACAGCACCAAGAAGUUAUCGCUAUCUACCGGACACACCUCCUCAGUGCCGCACAGGGCCACAUGGAUGAAGAUGUGCAGGCAGCCUUACUACAGAUCAUACAGAUGCGACAAGGCCUCGUGUGCUAGCGGCAGCUGACUCGGAGCCUGUCCUGCUGGUGCUAUGCAUCCUGGGUGCAACUGUGUGCUCUUCUGGGCCUUACUCUGAUAGUGUCAGUAAAAUGAACUAUAUUUGUUCCGUUGUUGAA